ACUUCAUUUUGUUCUGCUUCGCUUACAAUUUUACACUGAGGCGGUACCUCUACUCUCCACAGCCACCGUCACAGGCGGCACCGUUACUUUUAUCCGAAGCCGUUACUAGCGGCAGAGCCACCAGCACCGGCGGCACUGAUACUAGCACACACCGUCAGAAGCAGCUGGCAAGUGCUUAAAGAUGGUGCAAUAUAAUUUCAAGAAGAUUACUGUAGUACCUAAUGGAAAGGAUUUCAUCGACAUCAUAUUAUCCCGUACCCAGCGGCAGACACCGACUGUUGUUCAUAAGGGAUAUGCCAUUACUCGUCUCCGUCAGUUUUACAUGCGUAAGGUAAAAUAUACGCAACAAAAUUUUCAUGAGAAGCUGUCUACAAUUAUUGAAGAGUUUCCCCGUCUAGAUGAUAUCCACCCUUUUUAUGGAGACCUUCUGCAUGUACUGUAUAAUAAAGAUCACUACAAGCUUGCUCUUGGCCAAAUAAAUACUGCUAGGAACCUUAUCAGCAAGAUUUCUAAAGAUUAUGUGAAGUUGUUGAAGUAUGGUGACUCGCUUUAUCGUUGUAAGUCUCUAAAGGUCGCUGCUCUUGGCCGAAUGUGUACUGUGAUAAAGAGAAUUAGUCCUAGUUUGGCAUAUUUAGAACAGAUCAGACAACACAUGGCAAGGCUUCCAUCAAUUGAUCCAAAUACAAGGACAGUUUUGAUUUGUGGGUACCCUAAUGUUGGAAAGAGCUCAUUUAUGAACAAGAUCACCAGGGCUGAUGUGGAUGUCCAGCCUUAUGCUUUUACCACAAAGUCACUCUUUGUAGGUCAUACUGAUUAUAAAUAUCUGAGGUAUCAAGUGAUUGAUACCCCGGGGAUUUUGGACCGGCCAUUUGAAGAUCGUAACAUUAUUGAGAUGUGCAGUAUAACAGCUCUGGCACAUCUGCGAGCUGCUGUGCUGUUCUUCUUGGACAUCUCGGGAUCAUGUGGAUACAGCAUUGCUCAGCAGGCAGCUCUUUUUCACAGCAUUAAGUCUCUGUUUAUGAACAAACCCUUGAUCAUUGUCUGCAACAAGACUGAUUUGCAGCCACUGGAAAGUAUAUCUGAGGAAGACAUGAAAUUGGUCAUGGAGAUGAAAGCUGAAGCAUUGAAAGCUGUGAUGGCUCCAGGAGGAGAGCCUGAAACUGAUGAAGGGGUGCUAUUGACUAUGAGCACUUUGACUGAGGAUGGGAUAAGUGCUGUUAAGAAUGCAGCUUGUGAGAGGUUAUUGAAUCAAAGGGUGGAAUUGAAGAUGAAAACCAAAAAGAUAAAUGACUGCAUGAAUCGAUUUCAUGUUGCAAUGCCAAAGCCACGUGACCAGAAGGAAAGGCCACCAUGUAUACCUCAGGCGGUUUUGGAAGCUAAAGCCAAGCAAGCAGCUGAACAAGAAAAGAGGAAGACUGAGAAGGAUUUGGAGAAUGAGAAUGGUGGUGCUGGUGUAUAUUCUGCUAGUCUGAGAAAGAAUUAUAUCCUAUCCAAUGAGGAAUGGAAAGCAGAUAUUAUGCCUGAAAUUCUUGAUGGCCACAAUGUUUAUGACUUUGUUGACCCUGAUAUCUUAUUAAGGCUUGAAGAGUUGGAACGGGAAGAAGGUAUUAAGGAGGCAGAGGAGGAAGAUGAUGACUUUGAAAUGGAUGGUAAGGAACUGACCCCAGAAGAGCAAGAAGCAUUGGCUGAGAUCAGGAAAAAGAAAAGCUUGCUUAUUCAACAACAUAGGAUCAAGAAAAGCACUGCUGAGAGUAGGCCCACUGUACCUAGAAAGUUUGACAAGGAAAGGAGGUUCACAUCACAGAGAAUGGGAAGGCAGCUAUCGUCUUUGGGACUGGAUCCUUCUUUGGCAAUGAAUCGCGCUCGCAGCAAGUCUAGAGGCCGUAAGAGAGAGAGGUCACCUGACAGGGGAGAAUAUGAUAAUGGUGAUGCUAUGGAUAUGGAUGUGGACCAACCAAACAAGAAGCUGCGUUUGAGGUCCACAUCCCGGUCAAGGUCGAAGUCACGACCUCCUGGUGAAGUUGUUCCAGGAGAGGGCUUCAAGGACUCUGCUCAAAAGGUCAAGGCAAUUAAACUUGGCAAGAAAUCUGUUAAGAAGAGGAACAAGGAUGCUCGUCGUGGAGAGGCUGAUAGAGUUAUUCCUACAUUGAAACCAAAGCAUUUGUUCUCUGGCAAACGCUCCAUUGGAAAAACUCAAAGACGCUAAAUUUUAAGGAGGACUACAUCUUGCAACCUGUUCAGCCUGUCCGCAAUGGUAUGGAUAUGGCUUUUGUUCUUGCAGGCGAUAAUGGUGUAUGUCCAGCAGAGGUGCUCGGAACAUGGAAUUGUACUCGCUGUUCGCAGUUUUGGCUUGAGAUUUUGACCUUGGAAAAGUUUUAUUUUCUCCUUUUUCUCCUAAAAAUGUUUUUUGUUAUAGAAAUUUUGAAUCCGGAUAUUCUCCAAGUUAUGAUGUUGCCUUUGAGUUUAUACCUCACUGUUUAAAUGUAAUUUGGUGGGGAUUUGCUUAAUAUUUCAUUUGAGAUAAAAGUUUUGUCAGA